AUGGCCAAACACCUGGAAGACGUUUCAUUAGUCGAGAUUACUGGAAGCCAGCUGGCAAGUCUGAAUCGUACCUUCAGAUGCGAGCCUGGGGCCAUCGGUAUCUUCAAGGAUCGAGCUGCCAACGCUGCUCGCUGGUUGUACUAUGCCAGUGAUGAUCGAUGGCACUCUGGAAGUGCCUUCAGCAUGAACAUGGGACGACUUACCACUGCCCUCCGAAGCUCGACCUGUGGUGAAUGUAGCCCUCCAGACGGGGCCUGGGAAGAACGCACUUUACUCUUUGGGCGCUUCUUUGGCUUCCAGCCAUCCUCGGUAAAAGUACGAUGCGAGUUCUGGCAGGAUUGCCAGGCUGCGUGGAAAGCUGCAGAUCCAUUGCGCGCGUGCCAUGCAAUCCAGAUCGUGAAUUGUGAAAUGACAGAGAUAAAUGGUAUCUAUGACCUCGAUACUGUGUUGGAUUCAGAGGCACCAAAGUAUCGUCAGAGAGGGGGGGAUGAGUGGCUUUACUAUGCAUGCGAUGGUCGAUGGCACUUUGGAGUCGGUCGAGUGGCCGAGAAAUGUUUACCUGGCCACCAACUUCGCAGCUGUGAGAGCUGUGAAGUUGGUACGCUUCCAGUUGAUGUGCUUGGCUGGGAAUUUCGAGAUAGAUGGGCACGUGGAGUGAAGUCCCUGUUCAAUCCAUCAGCCAUCAGAUUGGUCCGUGUGGCCACUGAUGACUGGUCGUGGUGCCAAGACGUCUGGUCCGUAUCCGCCGCUGUCGAGAUGACUGGCGCAAGAUGUGUGGCUGCAAACGGUUGCUAUGAGCUUCAGCCUGCAAGGAGGGAGUCCGAUGGGUCUCCGGUGUUCAAGCAUCGGGCGUCGCAGCGAUGGCUAUACUUUGCAAGCGAUGGCCGAUGGUAUGCCGGUGGGGACGUGGAUAACAUGAGCCUUUGGGAGUCGUGUGGGCCAAUUCGAAGCUGCAAAUGUCCAGCGGGAACCUUGCCUGGAGAUGUCGAUGUUUGGGAAGAGCAGGUGCCUGUUUAUGGCGGCUACAUGAGAUCAAAGAAGUGCCUUGUAUCUCAAAUCCCUGGGCCUGAGCUCAGCCUCCGCAAAGAUGCUAUGGUGCCAGCUGCUGUGCAAGUGAAUGAUGCUGCAGCAGACAAAUGGAAUGGGAUAUAUUCUCUUCAGCUGCAAUGCUCAUACCCUACGAGGCCUCCCACUUUCUGGAAAGCAGACACUGACGCAUGGCUAUAUCAAUGCGAUGACGGAAGGUGGUACGUUGGGCACAGGAAGCACAAGGAGAGACGUUGCGCAGGUCGAGGGCUUCGCAGCUCCGUUUGCAAGGUUGGCGAUUUGCCCAUCCCUGCAUCCUGGGACGAGAGCUGCAGUGGGUGCAAGGAGUAUGCAAGGCCUCGGCUGGGCGGCGAGCAGAUCGAGCCAAACCUUGGGCUCCACCUUGGCUAUGCAGAGAACCAGGACCUGUACAAGCUUCUGGACAUCCGAAGGGAUGCGUCGGAGGCGGAGGUGCGUUCGGCCUAUCGGCGGCGAGCUCUGCAGGUCCACCCCGACAAGGGUGGGAGUGAGGACCUGUUUCAGUCCGUGCUGAAUGCUUUCGAGGUCCUCUCCUGCAGGAGCACGCGCCAGGCCUACGAUGCUGCCCGUGGUCGGGGAUUGUUACCGAAAGAUGCGCUGGAUGCUGCUGCAGGGCGCGGUCAGGGCAAGGCUUCCGAGGUGGCAGCCAGCCGCAGUAGCAACCGUGCCUUGGCGCAGCUGCGGCAGCUUCUGGCAGCUCUAAGCCGCGAAGCUCGACAAAAAGCAUUGGAGGGGCUGCCAGCAGAGGUACGGCAGGCGCUCGCCGCUUACAUGCAGCAGGAGCCCGAGAUGCAUCCCAAUCCGCCCAGGGGUUCUGGCUGCGCAGACUUGGCACUAGCCAACGAAAGUGGAGAUGCUGAAGGUGGGCGAAUCAGACGAAUCAGCCGCGGGAUUCUGCGCCAGAGCACAUCACCCCCAACAUACAAGGCCUGCAUGAGCCUUCCCAACCUGUUCUUGAUGUUCGUUCCACAUCCCUCCCUGGAGCUUGUCCUUCAGCGUCACUCAGCAUUGUUGCGCACCCGUGAACUGCUAAGCUCCACUUCGCACGAGCUGGACAGCCACAGAUUCCACGCAGCUUUCACAAAGGCUUGCGCGGAAGCAGAGCUCGUCGCUGCUGAAGAGCAAAAAUCAUUGAUGUUCUGUGCCAUAAUUUCGGCCUACAACGAGGUCAACCGGCAGAUCAAGGGCCGCCAAACCAAAGAUCUGGCUGCCGCGCUCGCCUUGCGGGACCGCCUGCUGGAGGCCAAGGCUGAAGGCUGGCCUGCGCUGAGGCGCGAAUGGAUUUGCAUCAUGCAGAACCCAAGCGAGGCAGGCCACCGAGCGUACAGUGCUGAGGAGGCAGCAAGAAUUGCCGAUUCAGCCUGGGACGCGGGUAUAGCUUCGAGAGCCAGAGCAGAGGCGAAACGUGCCGCAGCUGGGAAGAGACGUGAUCGAGAGGACGGCCGUGCAGUUUAUGCAAACGAGGCGAGCCUCCUUAUCGGAGGGUUUGCAGCAAUUUCAGUUUCAGUCCUUCUUUUCCAUUCAUCCUGGACAACUGCCUUCGCUGUUAGCGCCUGGAAUUUUGCGUAUGGGUCUAACAUGGACAAGUUUACGAGGGCGCGAAGACAGCUUGAGCCUACUCAGACGCUGCCAGCAGUAGCUGAUGGCUGGGAAUUGUGGUUUAGCCUGCCGGGGCUUCCUUUUUUGGAGCCUGCCUUUGCGACUCUUCGGCCAUCCAGCAACAUCAGCACGCAUGGAGUGUGCUUAGAGCUGGACAAAGAAAGCUGGUUUCGACUGCUAGCCAGUGAAGGCGUUCUGGGAGCGGCUGAAAUCAGCGACUUGAGGCUGCGCGGGGCAUCUUUGGAAGAAGUACUUGAAGAGGCUGCCAAGAAAGGUCAGGACGUCCGCGGGUACAGGCUCUUGCCCAUUGAGGUUUCUCCGUAUUCGACGUCUCCUCAGACGGCGUAUGCCUUGGUGGAUGGGGACUUGAAGGAGCAAGCACAAGCUAGGUCACCCUCUUUGCGUUACUGGCGCUUGCUGCGCAAUGGGGCGCGGCGGCAUGGCUUGAGACGCGAAUAUCGCGACUAUUUGGCCUCUUUGCCGAGGUAUGUGCCAUCUUUGCUGGCGCCGGCUGCUCUUCCAGCCGUUGCUGGGGCAGCUCUUUCUCAGCGGCUUGGAGAUGCGAGCUUUAAGCAGGAGGCAGUGAAACUUUUUCCAAGUGUCAGACUGUCGAUAGGACCCCCCAACAACUGGAAUUCAGUAUUCAGAUCAUUCAGUGAGGUGCCAGACUCCAGUCUGCAUACAGUUUCCUGGAGCCACGGAGGAUACCGCACAAUAGAUUCUGAAAUGUGUUCAACAACCUGA